CAAUGCUAGUAAUAUUUAACAAAAACAAACAUUUCGAUGGUUUUAAAUAAUAUACUUUACUUUAUUUUCAGUUUUGAACGUGGCAGCUGGUAAAGCUCCAAUGCAGGUCAGCACAGAAUCUGGAGGAAUACCACAGAAAGCCAUAGACGGAAGUACGAGCGCAUUUUUUAGUAGCGAAAGUUGUACCCUAACGAAACCUGAACGUUCACCUUGGUGGUACGUUAAUUUAUUGGAACCGUAUAUGGUACAAUUGGUUCGACUUGAUUUUGGAAAACCAUGUUGUGGAAACAAGAAACCAGCUACUAUAAUUGUCAGGGUAGGGAACAACAGACCAGACUUAGGAACAAAUCCAAUCUGCAAUAGAUUUACCGGAUUUGUGGAAGAGGGCCAACCGUUAUUCCUUCCUUGCAAUCCACCAAUGCCUGGAGCAUUUGUUAGUGUUCAUCUGGAAGCUCCCACUCCAAGUCAGCUCUCAAUUUGUGAAGCAUUUGUUUACACCGAUCAGGCGUUACCAAUAGAACGCUGUCCACAAUUUCGGGAUCAACCUCCAGGUAGUACAGCCACAUACAACGGAAAAUGCUACAUAUUUUACAAUAGACAGCCUCUUCAUUUCCGAGACGCCCUUUCCUUUUGUCGGUCUAGAGGAGGCACGUUAGUAGACGAAAGCAAUCCUGCCCUUCAGGGAUUUAUUAGCUGGGAACUUUGGAGAAGGCACAGAAGUGAUGCUAGCGGACAGUAUUGGAUGGGAGCUUUAAGGGAUGCUGAUACUCGUGGUUGGAAAUGGUUGACCGGAGAAGACGUUACUGUAUCAUUUUGGAAUUUACCAGUUGGUAAUGGCGAAUGUUCAAGAUAUGAUGGUACUAAGGGGUGGCUAUGGUCUGAUACCGAUUGUGGAAUGAGACUUAAUUAUAUUUGUCAACAUCAACCUAAAGCUUGUGGGCGUCCUGAACAACCACCGAAUUCUACAAUGGUCGCACCAAAUUUCAACGUAGGUUCAACAAUCGAGUACACUUGCGAUGAUGGUCAUCUUCUUGUUGGUCCAACCAGUCGAGUUUGUUUAGAAACUGGAUUUUAUAACGAAUUUCCACCAGUUUGUAAAAGAAUUCAAUGUGGUUACCCAGCGGAUAUUGCCAACGGAGAAUACAAUUUGGUAAAUGACAGCGUUGGAUAUUUAUCCAGAGUAAUCUACUCGUGCGAUGAAGGAUACGAAAUGAUCGGACGUGCUCAAUUGGCGUGCGAUAUCGACGAAAGAUGGAAUGGCCCUCCGCCACGAUGUGAAGCAUUGCAAUGUGAGCCACCAGUAGAAAUUGCUAAUGGGGUGGUUGAUAUCUCCAACGGAACGUCUUAUGGCUCCAGUAUUCAAUACAGUUGCAAUAUUGGAUUUAUCAUGGAAGGACAAUCAAUUUUAACGUGUUUGGCCAACGGACAGUACGAUCAAACUCCUCCUGCCUGUCAAAUGCCAACAACUACAACGCUUCAACUCCCAGAACCGACGAAAACAUCGAAACGUCCAUCUUCAGUAACAAGCACAGUUGCAACGUCAACUAGACCUAGAACCAGAGCAACACGCCCACCUCCAACUACCAUUCGAGGUGUUGAGUUAACUAAAGGAACCAACAGGACAAGAAGACCUUAUACCAGGCCAACUACGGAAUCCACAACGAAAAUGUCGUCAUCAAUACCUCCGUCCAUAAUAGUAGCUGGCCAUCCGCAAGAUAACGAAAUAGCCGGCAGUUCAAAUAUUCAACAUGCAGAAACUCCGAAUGUUAAUGUUCCAUUAUCCAUUGAUGGUGAAAGAAAAGAGCCAUUCGGAGCCAAAUUGAAUUUGGGAGCCAUUAUUGCGUUAGGAGCAUUCGGAGGAUUUAUAUUUUUAGCGGCAAUUAUUACAACAAUAGUUAUUUUAGUAAGAAGAAACCAAAGUGCCAAACAUUACCGUCAUCGAGCCUCCCCUGACUGUAACACUGUAGCCUCCUUUGAUUCUUCCAGCUCGGAAUCUCGUAAUGGAGGUCUCAACCGUUAUUACCGUCAAGCCUGGGAAAAUCUUCAUGAGUCUGCUGGCUCCAAAGCUGGUUUGCGCGUAGCCAACGCCUCGAAUCACUCCCCACUACGUAGAAAGGAAACCCUUGAUGAACCUUAUCGGACUGAGCGACAUCGAGACGGAUCCGAAAUGGUUGUAUCUGACGUGUAUAGUGCUAAAGGUGCAGAAAAAAAGCGGCAUCACCAUCAUCAUCACCACCACGAAGGUAGACCUCACAAAGAGGGAAGGGAAUGGCGUGAUUCGCGACCUCCUGCUCACAGAGAGCAUAAGAGAUAUUGACAACCUUGUAUGGUAAUUACAGUACAAUACGAAGAGUAACUUUUUAUCGUUUUGAACUGCUUCGUAGUGAAGUGUUGUGAACUCGAUGUGACUGUUAUGAUUUCAGUGACGUAAAAAAAUAAAGUGUAAUUCAUCCUAGACUGUUGCAAAUAUAUUACUGAAGUACUUCUUUAAAAGAUACUUAUAGUAUUAUUUAGGAGUAUAUAAAUAAAGUAAAAUAGCUAUCCUAAAAUUUGGUGUAGAUAUCAUGUAAUUCUUGUUUCUAUUCCAAUUUCAUUUGUUUUAUUAAAAUUGUUACAAACUGUAUAACUAUAUAUACAGGGUAGUGAAUCGUCAAACGGGCCAUAGGCAAUUCAAUGGGAAAUUCUAAAUUGUUAAAUUUUUGCUUUCCUAAUUAUUUUACACAAAAAGUCAUUACUUACUAUUUGUAUAUUACUAAAAUAUGUAUAUAUCGAAAACAAAUGUUGAAGUUGUUUUUAAAAUUAAACGUAUAACAAAAUUUUGCAAAAAUAAAAUACAUUUCUUAGACCACCCCUAAAAGUCAGGCCACACGCAAUAAAAGAAUUUGUAUUACAUGUUGCGUUUUGUUCAAAUUAAAAAUAUUGACGUCAAUAAAUUCUUGUACCACUUAAACAAAUCACAAAACAUUCUGGGACCUAGUGUAAUCAUACAUAAUUCGUAUUUUUCGUAUUUUUUAUUUUUAAACACUCAAAUCACUUUGAAUUUCCUGCAACUCCUAUUUGUGUUCCAAUAUUUUUGAUAUAAAAAACAAAAAACCUAUUUUUCUAUAACAAAAAACCUUUAACCAAAAAAAAACAACAUCUAAUUUGGUGAAAACUUAAGCAAAUUAAAAAAAAAACUAUAUUUAGUUUCAUGGAAUUUUGAGGUUGUGUGUCAACAUUUAGUGCUAAAAUUUGGUGAACCAUGCUCUUGCUCUGUAUAUUAAUAAAAGUGUAAUGUAGUGUUAUAUAUGGAGGCCUAGAUCAGCCUAGACGUAGAAGAAAACAAACACAAGAUUUGGUUAAAGAAGAAAUAAAAAGUUACAUCAUCUCAGACGUAUAAUAAAAUAGACGCUAAGUAUAUAAAAUACUUAGAUAAUACAGGGAUAGUACAGGGAAAGAUAAGUGGAUGAAAAAGUAUUAGAGAAGGAGGGUGUCAAUGUUGAAAAUUUUAAAGACUCAUCAUAAUAAUUGUCGUUUGUUUGUACUAAGUUAAAAUGAAGCAGGGUUUUUAGAGAAUACCUAUUUUAUCCUGUUUGAUAUAGACUUUAACAAAUGAUUUAGAUCUAUUAGAAGCAAUUUUAAGAAGCCAAACAACUACUUUCAACAUUUUUAGGAUAGUUAUUUUCUACUGAUGUUACGUGUUUAGAUUGUUUUUAAAUUAUUUAUAUUAUAUUAUUAUUUAUAUUUACAAUAAACAUAUUCUCUGAA